AUGGCGAAGUCUCGCUUCGAAUACGUCCGGAACUUUGAGCUACCCGACCCGCUCAUACCCAACACCUACAUUGUCGUCCGGAUAGACGGUCGAGGUUUUCACAAAUUUUCUGACGCUCAUGGAUUCACUAAACCUAACGAUGUACCCGCAUUGGACCUCAUGAACCGCGCAGCGAGGGCGGUGAUGGAUGACUUGUCGGACGUGGUGCUUGCCUUCGGGGAGAGCGAUGAGUUCAGCUUCCUGAUCCGCCGAUCCUCAAAUCUCUACAAUCGACGUCGAAGCAAGAUCAACUCAACGGUCUGCUCCCUCUUCACCUCGGCGUACGUGUUCUACUGGUCCCAGUACCUCCCGGACCGACCACUCAAGUAUCCGCCGACCUUCGACUCGCGGGUUGUUCUCUACCCGUCCGAGCGAGAAGUCAGGGACUACUUUUCGUGGAGACAGGCUGAUACCCAUAUCAAUAACCUGUAUAAUACCUGUUUCUGGGCGCUGGUGCAGAGCGGCAUGAGCACGACUGAUACGAACAAGGCGCUCCAGGGGACCGACUCGAAAGCCAAGAAUGAAAUGCUGUUCUCGCAAUUCGGUAUCAAUUACAAUAACCUCUCGCCAAUGUUUCGCAAGGGCAGUACGCUCGUACGAUCCGCACCUGCUGAGCCAAGUAGUAGCGGAGCGGGCAGUGCGACCGACAUGCCAGAGGCAUCGACGUUCGCCGUCCCGGUACGGCCGUUCGAGGGGCUCACUGGAGAGGUAGUAAUACUGCACGAGGAUAUCAUAGGGGACCCUUUCUGGCUAGAUAGGACGUGGCUCCUGGCAUGA